AUGGAAGAAGAAGUAUUAUCGAAUUUACAAGCUAAAUGGGAAGCGAGAUUAUUGGAAUCCAGAGUAGCAGAUUUCGCUAGAGCACCAGGAUCGUCUUCAUCGCCUGAACUAGAUGGAGAAGGAGGACUGAGAGAUGGUCAAGGACCAGGUCAAGAAGGUAUAUCACCUAAUUCAAUCAGACCUGAUAUAAUGUCAUCACCACCCGGUCCAUCUUCAGGUGUAUUCCCACCUCCAGGUCAAGGAUUAGCUCUGCCCGGACGACAUCAACAAACAGGUGAUUCAUCCCUUAGAGUCAAAAUGGAACCUGCAGAUGAUAUCAUGAGGAUAAGAGGCGGUGCUAGCGAGGACGUCAAACCUGUCAUCCCCACAGACGCAAAUAGACCAGAACCGAACGCGGCAGGUCUAUUACCUGGAGAUGAGGUGAUAGAUUCGGAUCUAGAUGACUCCGAUGAUGAGCUGAGAGAUGAAAAUGAUGGUGGAGACGAUGAUGGGGACGUCGAUAUUGUAUUUUGCGUUUAUGACAAGGUUCAACGAGUCAAAAAUAAGUGGAAGACAAUAUUCAAAGAUGGUAUGAUUCACGUGAAUGGACGAGAUUACCUAUUCUCUAAAUGUAAUGGUGAAUUUGAAUGGUAG